CUCUAACACAUGCGUAGCCGGUUAACCCUCUGUGUACCUCCUUUUGCAUUAGAAUUUUGCCGGCUGGACACAUCCGGUGCUAGGAUUUUAUCUAUUGGCAGUUUCAAGCUCGACUUUUGAAGGUUAAGGAGACAAAUGGAGGAAAUAAAAGCAUUGCUGAAAGAAAUCCCUGGAAGAAUAGGGUCUGCAAGUUUAAAGGAGCGAAAGCAUGUGUUUGAACAAUUGGAAAAGGCAAUCAAGACAGCAGAACUGCCCGAGCCGGCAGUGCGUGGUAUCUGCAAGCUGCUGGGCUCCACGCUGCACCGCUACCACGACCACAAGUCGCGCGCGCUGGUGGCCGGCGCCGUGCGCCAGCUGGCCACCACCCACGGCGCCGCCGCCGGCAAACACCUGCCGCCGGUGCUGGCCGAGCUGGCGCGGCCCUGCAGCGUCGCACACGCCUCUAAGACGCUGGCGGGCACCCAUCUGGCGGCGUUCUCUUGGUGCUGCACCCUUCUGGAGCUGAGUUUCGCGGCGCCGACGGCCGAACAGCGGGAGGAGUUCGCGGCGCUCGCCGGCGCCCAGGCUCGUCUGCUGGCCAGUGUGGUGGCCUCCGAGAAAUCGGCUCUCGUCAGCAGGGCCCACCGCAUGUUUUGCCAGGCACUCCGAUCGGACGCCCAGAUAGCGAGCUACGUGGAGUUUCUGUCACGCUCGGAUGUGUCGCUGCCCGACCUGGUGCUGGGUGCCCAUCUCAGCCGCUGCCUGACCGAGAGGAAGCAAACCGAGAAGAUCGCCCAGGUCAAGAAGCCGCUGCUAGCCGGCCUGGUGCGUCUGGUGGUGGGUGGCAAGAGCCGCGCGCCGCCGGCCGCCCUGCUCUACUGCGGACACGCGCUGCGCCACGUCAGCCACGCCGAGUUCUCUGGCGAGCUACUGCCGGCGCUGGGGCGCGCGCUGCUGCGCAGUCCCGAGCUGGCCGUCGGUCACACGGCCUCCAUACUGGCCGGCCUCUCGAUCGACCUCAGCCAGUACGCCGAGGAGCUGGCCAAGCCGCUCUCCACUCAGGCGCAUAGCAAGGAUGAGCGGACGCGCGAUGAGGCGGUGGGCGCGCUGGAGGCGCUGGCCGCCCGCUGCAGCGACGCCUCGGCCGUCGAGAAGCUGCUGGCUCGCCUGGUGGCCGUGCUGGACGGAGCCGACGGAAAACUGACCGUGGCCGACCAGAAGAUAGCGGUUCUCAAGGCGGUCGGCGGCGUGUCUCAGUGUUGUGUGGCCGGCAGCAGCACCCAGAGCCUGGUGUCCUCGGCUGCCGCCGCGCUGCUCAGGGUGUUUGAGCAGGAGGCUCACGAGGGCACCGUGGUGAUGGCGCUCGCCCAGCUGCGGCGGUGGUGUGCCAAAAUCACCGGACAGCCGCCGCAGCAGCUGGCCGACUGGUUCCAGACGUGUCUGGGUCAAAAGUCGGCCACCUCGGCCGUGCGCCUGGGCCAGCUACUCUGUAUGGAGACGACGUACCGUGGCGCCGCCCUGCCGGGCUUGCAGGGGCUGGCCGAGCCGCUCAACAAGACCGUGGAGCGCGCCGCUGCCAAUAGCACGCAGCUGCCCAUGGUGUCUGAGGGCGUGGUGGCCGCCCUGUUGCUCUCCCGCAUGACGGACGUCGACCCUUCCGUCAACCUCGACAGCGUCUUCAACCUGGUGCUAGACGAGAAGCGUACACUCUUCAACGAGAAGUUCAUCAACUCCGCCAGCGACGACGCCGUGGUGUGUCUCUGUCAGCUCUGUGAGCGGCUGCUGCUGACGCACGCCGAGCGACUGGGCCGGGCGCCCGGUGCGGACGGCCCGGUGGCCCGCGGUCUGGUGCUGGCGCUCUGCAGGCCGACGGCGGCCUCCGUGCGCUCGGCGGCGGCCGGCUCGGCGCGCCGUCUGUCGGCCGCUCUGGGCGGCGCCCAGCUGUCGGCGCUGCUGCUGGACCAGUGUCAGGACUACAUCAGCGCGGCCAACGUGCAGGUGAGGCUGCCGUCAGGACUACAUCAGGACUACAUCAGCGCGGCCAACGUGCAGCGGUCGUCGGCGGACCGCGAGCCGACCGACCUGACCUCCGACCUGGUGGCCUACUGCCUGGCGUCUGUGUGCUCCGACAAGGCCGUGCAGCCGGCAGAGGCCGAGAUGUUGGCGCUGCGACUGCUCCAGCCGGCCCACCACCCCGCACUCGCGGCCGACCACCCGGACCUGUGGUGUCGGAUCGUCACCAAGAUGGGCCUGGAGCCGGCCGAGUUCAUCCGUCACCGUCAGACCAAUCUAGUCAAACUGUUCACCGACGACUAUCAACCCACGCCGACGUGGGAGGCGGCGUUCUCGACGCUGACGACGCUGGCCGGCGACGUGCUGCUGCCGGACGUAUCGCAGUUCGUGCUGAGCCGACUGCGCGACGAGCGCCUGAUGGCCGUCACACUGGAGGAGUUCAACAUCUAUCGCACGCCCGAGGGGACGCUGUACGACACCAGCGUCAAAGACAGCGCCAAGGAGGUGCAGUCAGGUAACAUUGCGCGUGAGAGCAAGCUGUACUCGUACAAGGAGCAGAUGGAGGAGAUUGCGCUUCGUAAGGAGUUGGAGGCGAAACGGGCUCGCGAGGGCCGCGCAGGGCCCGAGAAGCUGACGCCCAAGCAGAAGGAGGCGGUGGCCCAACAGCUAGAGAAGGAGAGCAAGAUCCGGAGCCGUGUUGCAGAGGUGGACAGCCAGUUCAGCGUGGCCGCCUCCCUGCUGCGAGGGGCGGUUGGCGGCGACCCGGCGGCCCUGCAGCAGCAAUACACAGAGCUGGUGCCGGCGCUGCUGGCCUCCCUGCAGUCAGCUCUGGCGGCGCCGGUCACCAGCCAGCUCUGGCUGCGGCUCGUCCGACUGGCCUUCGCCAAGGAGGACCACGUACUCGCUGAGACGGUGGCGCGCGUGACGCUGCGCCUGUGCGCGCCGCAGUGCGCCACGGACGCCGGCUGGGAGGCCGAGCGGCCGGCGUCGGCCGUCUACCGGCGGGUGGUGCUGGCGCUGUACGACCGCUGCUCGGCCGGGGACGGCUCGCCGCUCAGCGCGCCCGCCUUCAUCGUCUGCUUCCCGCUGCUGCGCCAUGUGCUGGAGACGGACACCGAGAACGAGGACGUGAUGAUCAAGGGACUCAAGCUGGUGGAGAUGCACGCCCAGCUGCGUGGCGAUGGUGACCUGCUGGACCCGUCCCUGCUGCCGCGAGAGGCGCUCGACAGGCUUGUCCUGCGCAUCAUCGCCGUGCACGGCCGCCGGCUGGCCUCCGAAGUCACGCCGCCGCCGCCUCUCUCGGUCACCACCACCGCCGUCACCACGGCAGGCACGGCGUCGGGCCGCGUGCAGCAGAAGGCGUGCGGCGCCCUGCUGGAGCUGGCAGCGGCCGCCGCCGGCGAGGAGGGCUGCGCGGUGGCCGGCAGAGCCGAGGUGCAGGUGCUGCUGGACGCUCUGCGCAGUCCGGUCGACUCGGUCCGGGAUGCCGCGCUCCGGAGCCUGGACGUUCUGGCGGACGUGCUCGACUGUCUGGAGGGCUCCGACCUGUCCGCAGUGCUCGCCGAGCGGGUCUUCCUCGCACGAUUCGACGUCUCCGAGGAGAUCAAGUCGGCCGGUGACCUGUUGUGGGAGCGCCUCUCGCUCUCCGAGGGCCCCUGGAUGAUCGCUCCGCUGCUGGAGGACGUGGUGUACCCGGAGGAGUGCGUUCAGCGGGCGGCGGCCAGCGCGCUGGCCAGUCUGGUGGACGGACACAGAGACCAGACCGCGCCCGUGCUGGACCGGCUGCUGGCGCUCUACGAGGACAAACUGCAGAUGACUCCGCCUGUACUGGACCAAUUCGGCCGGGUGGUGGAGGAGUCUUUGGAUAUCUGGCAGCCCCGCGUCGGUGUGGCGCUCGCCCUCAAAGCCAUUGGACCGUUCUGCACUGACGACCUCAUCGCAAAGAUCAUGUCGUUUUUCGUACCGACCGGCCUGGGUGACCGCGCGGCCGACGUCCGAAACGGAAUGCUCUCGGCGGCUCUCACCUGCGUCGAGGCUAACGGGAAGGAGGCGGCCACCAGUCUGCUGCCCGUGUUUGACGAGUUCCUGGACUCGGCGCCGGCCACGCAGAACUACGACUCUGUCCGCCAGUCGGUCGUCAUCCUGAUGGGAUCGCUGGCCAAACAUCUCAGCAAGACGGACCCCAAGGUGAAGCCGAUCGUCACCAAGCUGAUCCAGGCGCUGGACACGCCCUCCGAACAGGUACAAACCUCCGUGGCGUCCUGUCUGCCGGCGCUGGUGCCCGCCAUCAAGGAGGACGCUCCGGCCAUGGUCCGUCAGAUGCUCGGCCGUCUGCUCGAGUCGGAUAAGUUCUCCCAGCGGCGCGGCGCCGCGUACGGUAUCGCCGGCCUUGUCAAGGGCCUGGGCAUCCUGGCGCUCAAACAGCUGGAGAUCAUGACGGUGCUCAUCAACGCCAUUCAGGACAAGAAGGACUGCAAGAAGCGAGAGGGUGCGCUGUUUGCCUUCACCAUGCUGUGCAACAUGCUGGGCCGCCUGUUCGAGCCGUAUAUCGUACACGUGCUGCCGCACCUGCUGCUCUGCUACGGCGACUCCAACUCGUACGUGCGUGAGGCCACUGACGAGACGGCGCGUGCCGUCAUGUCCAACCUGUCUGCGCACGGAGUGAAGCUGGUGCUGCCCUCGCUGCUGGCCGCCCUGGAGGAGGACUCGUGGAGGACCAAGGCCGGCUCCGUGGAGCUGCUGGGCUCGAUGGCGUUCUGCGCGCCCAAGCAGCUCUCGUCCUGUCUGCCGAGCAUCGUGCCACAGCUGAUCGAGGUGCUGGGAGACUCCCACCAGCGGGUGCAGCGGGCUGGCGCACAGGCACUCAAACAGAUCGGCUCCGUCAUCAGGAACCCCGAGAUCCAGGCGAUCGUUCCGACGCUGCUGUCGGCGCUGCAGGACCCGGCCAACCGCACCUCGCUGGCGCUGACCAUCCUCAUCGACACCAAGUUCGUGCACGUCAUUGACGCGCCGUCGCUGGCGCUCAUCAUGCCCGUGGUGCAGCGCGCCUUCCAGGACCGCUCCACCGAGGUGCGCAAGAUGGCUGCGCAGAUCAUUGGGAACAUGUACUCUCUGACAGACCAGAAGGACCUGGCGCCCUACCUGCCGGGCAUCAUCCCCGGCCUCAAGUCGUCGCUGCUCGACCCGGUGCCCGAGGUGCGCAGCAAGUCCGCUCGCGCGCUGGGCGCCAUGGUGCGCGGUAUCGGCGAGUCGUCGUUCGAGGACCUGCUGCCGUGGCUGAUGCAGACGCUGACCUCCGAGCAGAGCUCUGUGGACCGCUCGGGCGCCGCGCAGGGUCUCAGCGAGGUGGUCGGAGGACUGGGCGUCCAGAAACUGCACAAACUCAUGCCGGACAUCAUCGCCACGGCCUCUCGGACGGACAUCGCGCCGCACGUCAAGGACGGCUACAUUAUGAUGUUCAUCUACAUGCCAAUGGUGUUCCAGGAGGAGUUUACCCCCUACAUCGGACAGAUCAUCCCGGCCAUCCUCAAGGCGCUGUCCGACGAGACCGAGUUUGUGCGCGACACGGCGCUGAAGGCCGGCCAGCGGAUCGUGCACACGUACGCCGCCUCGGCCAUCCAGCUACUGCUGCCCGAGCUCGAGACGGGCAUGUUCGACGACAACUGGCGCAUUCGACACAGCUCCAUCAAACUGCUGGGAGACCUGCUGUACCAGAUCUCCGGCGUCUCGGGUAAGAUGAGCACGGAGACUGCCGGCGACGACGACAACUUCGGCACGGAGCAGAGCCAGCAGAGUAUCAUCAAGAUCCUGGGCCCGGAGCGUCGGAACCGCGUGCUCUCCGGACUGUACAUGGGCCGCUCGGACGUUGCGCUGAUGGUGCGCCAGAACUCGCUGCACGUGUGGAAGAUCGUGGUGCCCAACACGCCGCGCACGCUGCGCGAGAUCCUGCCGACGCUGUUCACCCUGCUGCUCGGCCACCUGGCCAGCACCAGCCACGACAAGCGGCAGGUGGCGGCCCGCACGCUCGGCGACCUGGUGCGGAAGCUGGGUGAGCGCGUGCUGCCGGAGAUCAUCCCUAUCCUGGAGCGCGGCCUGGAGUCUGAGGAGGCCGACCAGCGCCAGGGCGUCUGUAUCGGACUUAGCGAGAUCAUGUCCUCCACUAGCAAGGAUAUGGUGCUGGCCUUCGUGGACAGCCUGGUGCCCACAGUGCGGAAGGCUCUGUCGGACCCUCUGCCGGAGGUGCGCGCCGCCGCCGCACAGACGUUCGACUCGCUGCACAACACGGUGGGCACGCGCGCCCUGGACGAGAUCCUGCCGCCGCUGAUGGAGCAGCUCAGCCAGCCCGACCAGGCGGAGUACGUGCUGGACGGCCUGCGUCAGGUGAUGACCAUCAAGUCGCGGGUCGUCCUGCCGUACCUAGUGCCGCAGCUCGUAGCGCCGCCCGUCAACACCAAGGCGCUCAGCAUCCUGGCCUCGGUGGCCGGCGACGCGCUGACACGCCACCUCAACCGCAUCCUACCGGCGCUUAUGUCGGCCAUGGGCGACGCCGAGCCGGGCGAGGCGGCUGCCGAGCAGGCCGGCUACUGCCAGUCGGUGAUCCUCUCCGUCACAGAGCCGGCCGGCGUGCGUGUCGUUAUCGACGAGCUGCUGGAGGCGACGCGCGCCGGUUCGACGCCGCGCCGGCGCGCCGCCGCCGCGCUGCUGGCCUCGUUCUGCGGCCAGACGCGCGCAGAGUACGAGCAGCACGUGUCACAGCUGCUGCGCGGACUGACGCACCUCUUCAUCGACGAGGACGACAAGCUGCUCCAGUCUGCCUGGGAGGGUCUGAGCGCCGUCAUCAAGCGACUGGAGUUGGACGACGAGCACAGCUACUACAUCCCGGACGUGCGGCAGGCGGUCCGCUUCGCCGCCAGCGACCUCAAGGGACGCGACCUCAUGCCCGGAUUCUGUCUGGCCAAGGGCAUCACGCCGAUCCUGCCGAUAUUCCGCGAGGCGGUGCUGAACGGCGCUCCGGAGCUGAAGGAGUCCGCGGCGCUCGGACUGGCCGAGAUCAUCCGCCUGACGUCGGCGGCGGCGCUGCGCACCAGUGUGGUGCACAUCACCGGGCCGCUGAUCCGCAUCCUGGGCGACCGGUUCGCCUGGAACGUCAAGGUGGCCGUGCUCGAGUGUCUGGCGCUGCUGCUGGAGAAGGUGGGCCUGAUGCUGAAGCCGUUCCUGCCGCAGCUGCAGACCACCUUCCUGAAGGCGCUCAGCGACCCGCACAAGCAGGUGCGCCUGCGCGCCGCCACGGCGCUCGGUCGGCUCAUACCGAUCCACACGCGAGUGGACCCGCUGUUCACUGAGCUGCACACCAGCAUCCGCACCGCAGAGGACACCGGCGUCAGGGACACCACACUGCAGGCGCUGCGGAACCUGGUCGGCCCGGCCGGAGACAAGAUGAGUGACGCGGUGCGCUCGCCGGUGCUGACCACCCUGCUGGAGCUGCUGUCGCACCCCGAGGAGAGCACGCGGCUGGCGGCGGCCGGCUGCCUGGGCACCCUGUGCCGCUGGCUGCCUGCCGAUGAGCUGCAUGUCGCCUACCGGGACACAAUGCUAGAUGACGACGCGAUGCUGGACUGGACGGUGCGCCACGGCCGGAGCGCGGCGCUGUACGUGGCUCUGAAGAGCGCGCCCGAUCAGGUGCUCACAGAGGACUGGGAGAAAAAGACGGCCAGGGUGAUCGUCAACUACAUGCAGUCUGACCGUCCGCCGCUGGUGAUGAACGGUUUGCGGGCGGCCGGCUACAUGCUGCGCCACCAGCUGGCCGCAGGACGGGCCGCCGGCUCCCCGCUGGCCACGCCGCUCGUCAGGGCCAUCAACAACAACAGCAACGAGGUGAAGCAGCUGUCUGCGCAGGUGGUGGAGCUACUGGCCGUCAGCCGCGAGCAGCCGCUGCCCGCAGAGCUGGCGCGACUCGUCAUCCCGAUGCUGGUUAACGGCACCAAGGAGAAGAACACGGUUGUGCGCACUUGCGCCGAGAGCGCGCUCGUGGCGGUGCUCAGGCUCAAGGAAGGCGAGGCGACGCAAGAGGAGAUGCUGGCGAUGCUCGACUCUGGCGCGCGCGACUCGCUUCAGGAAGUGAUCAGUAAGGUGUUGCGGAAGGACGUGACGGCCGUCCAGCAGAUUCGUGAUCUCGACGAGACGCUGAUCAGCUGAUAUCGCCGCGCCGCGUACCAAGUGAUUUAUAUUGAGAAUGAAAUACAGAGGGGGUUCUUUGG